UAAAAAGAGAUAACAGUUGACACAAGUAAUCUCUCUCUCUCUCUCUCUCUGCCAAUUAAAGCUUCUCUCUUUCCUCCGUUAGACCCGCUCUCUCUCCCUCUCCCAACUUUCUUCUUCGUCUUCAAGACAGGACCCACCUCAUCUGCGUGUUCUCUCUUUCGACACGAUGACCUCGAAGAACAACGGCUUGUCGGCCGCGCUCGUCUCGAAUCUCCAGGACGUGCUUUCCAAGAGAAAAGGAGGAAGCGAUGGAUCCGCGGAGGAGGAGGAGCCUCCUCCGUCUACUUCUGUCUCCGUCGAUGUUGCGGCCAAGGAGGAGAUCGAUGACUCCAGACCCAUCGUUUUAGUCACGAAUGGGGAUGGGAUUGAUUCGAUUGGGCUCGUCUCUCUCGUCGAGGCUUUGGUUAAGGAAGGGCUCUACAAUGUCCAUGUCUGUGCUCCUCAAACGGUUAAAUCGGUUUCUUCUCAUUCUAUGACUCCUGGCGAAACCAUUGCUGCGAGUUCUGCUGAUAUUAAAGGUGCCACCGCCUUUGAAGUUUCAGGGACUACUGUGGACUGUAUCUCAUUAGGAUUAUCUGGAGCCCUUUUCGCUUGGUCAAAACCAAUACUGGUAAUCAGUGGAAUCAAUCAGGGAUCAAGCUGUGGUCAUCAAAUGUUCUAUUCUGGUGCGGUGGCUGGAGCCAGGGAAGCUUUGAUUUCUGGAGUACCCUCUUUGUCAAUAUCAUUGAACUGGAAGAAAGAUGAAAGCAAAGAAAGUGACUUUAAGGAUGCUGUUGGUGUCUGUUUACCUUUGAUAACCGCCACAAUUAGAGACAUUGAGAAAGGAGUUUUCCCUAAAGAUUGCUCUCUCAGAAUAGAAAUUCCAACAUCCCCCUCAUCAAACAAGGGUUUUAAGGUAACAAAACAAAGCAUGUGGAGGCAGACUCCUAGCUGGCAAGCUGUUUCAGCUAACCGUCACCCUGGUGCUGGGAAUUUCAUGUCCAACCAACAAAGCCUAGGAGCUCAACUUGCCCAGCUUGGCAGAGAUGCUUCAGCUGCUGGUUAAAUCGGUUUCUUCUCAUUCCAUGACUCCUGGCGAAACCAUUGCUGCGAGUUCUGCUGAUAUCAAAGGUGCCACAGCCUUUGAAGUUUCAGUAUGACAACACAGAAACAUGAUUGAUAUAUUACUAUGUUACAAGUACAAACAUGAGAAGACUUCAUGACGACUCCAGAUGACUCUAUGACGACUUUGUAAAUAGCAUUUUUAUACUUGCGAAAACGGUCUCUUUGUUGUAACCCGAAUCAACAAUUAAUACAUGAACUAAACUAUAUGAACUAAAUAGAAGUACUAUAUGAACUAAAUAGAAAAAUUAAUAAGUUAACUUAUUUAUUUUUGAAAAAAAAUCAUUUAAAAUAUCAUUCACCAUUAAAAGAUAUUUAAAUUCGUAAACCAUGUAUAAAAUUUAAUAAAAUAAUUACUUACAAAAUUCAGAUAUGUACUAAAAAUAUACAUGCUAAAGUAUAUUUUUAAACACAACAAGAAAAUAUAAAUGAUCCUACACAAAUAUCUAUUCUAUAGUAUAACUAAAGAAAUUAUAAGAGAAUUUUGUAUGAAAACUGUAGAAAUUAAAAAUAUAUAUUUUAAGGGGUUUAUCUAUUUGAUCAUUUCAGAUUAUAAAUUUAUAUAAUUACAUACGUUCUGAAAAAAAUCAGUUCCGGAAAAAAUUUAUAGUCAAAGGUGAAAGUCUAUGAGAAGUAAGUCUUCAUGAAAAAUAUAUAUAUAUAUAUUAAGGGGUUUAUCUAUUUGAUUAUUUCAGAUUAUAAAUUUAUAUAAUUACAUAAGUUCUGAAAAAAAUCAGUUCCGGAAAAAAUUUAUAGUUAAGGUGAAAGUCUAUGAGAAGUACGUCUUUAUGAAAAAAAAAAAAUAUAUAUAUAUAUAUAUAUAUUAAGGGGUUUAUCUAUUUGAUUAUUUCAGAUUAUAAAUUUAUAUAAUUACGUACGUUUGGAAAAAAAAUUAUAGUCAAGGUGAAAGUCUUCUUAGAAGUAAGUCUUCCUGAAAGUCGUGUACGAGUCGUCAUAAGGUCUUCAUCAGGUCUUCAUCAAGUCUUCUGGAAACAAAUCUUAUGUGAGUCGUUUGAAGGUCGUUAUAAAGUCGUCUAGAACUCUUCCACGUAUCUUUCUAUUUGCUUUGUUAUGUAUUGUGUUAUGACUUAUUACCAUCUAUUGUCUUUCCACUUAUGUAUUUGUGUUAUGACUUAUUUCUAUUGUCUUUUGACUUAUGUACUUGUUUUAUGACUUAUUUCUAUCGUC